AUGUCUCUGUCAAUUGAAGAGCUCGACGCCACAGUGCGCGCCUUCUACGAGGGCCGCGGUGAGCAACAAAAGCAAGCUCAGGCCACGCUGAACCAGUUCAAAGAGAACCCAGACGCAUGGCUUCUUGUUGACAAGAUCCUAUCCGAUGCGCAGUACCCGCAGACGAAGUACCUCGGACUCCAAGUUCUCGAUAAUGUCAUCAUGACUAGAUGGAAGGUGCUGCCUCGAGACCAGUGUCAGGGUAUCCGAAACUUCAUCGUGAACUUGAUCAUCUCGCUGUCCAACAACGACGAAAGCCUCCGCAACGAGCGCACCCUCCUGAACAAGCUCAACCUCGUCCUUGUCUCCGUCCUGAAGCAGGAGUGGCCCCACAACUGGCCGACCUUCAUCAACGAGAUCAUAUCGUCCUGCCACAGCAGCUUAGGAAUAUGCGAGAACAACAUGGUCAUCCUGCGACUUUUGUCUGAGGAAGUCUUUGACUACUCGGAGGAGCAGAUGACUUCGGUCAAGCGAAAGGAACUGAAGCAGAGCAUGUGCGACGAGUUCACGGCCAUCUACCAGCUCUGUUCAGAGGUUCUGCGGACAGCCACCGAGGCGUCUCUGAUUAAGGCCACACUCGAAACCUUAUUGCGCUUCCUCAACUGGAUUCCCCUCGGCUACAUCUUCGAGACGCCCCCUAGCGGCCAGAGCCUGAUCGAAACCCUGCGAAGCCGAUUCCUCGAAGUCCCCGAUUUCCGCAACAUCACCCUGAAGUGCUUGACUGAAAUCGCCGGUCUACACACAGAACCCGCGUACGACGAUAAGCUCGUUUCCAUGUUCACCGAGACAUUGACGGCCAUCUCGAAAAUCAUACCUCUUUCACUGGACCUGAAGAGCACAUACUCUGCAAGCAAUGGUCGGGACCAGGAGUUCGUUCUGAAUCUGGCGCUUUUCCUGACAAACUUCUUCACCAUGCACCUGAAUGUCAUCGAAAACCUAAUGAACAGGGAUUUUCUUACGCAUGGUCACUUCUACCUCAUUCGCAUAAGCCAGAUCGACGAUCGCGAGGUAUUCAAGAUCUGCCUGGAAUACUGGACCAAGCUCGUCUCGGAGCUGUACGACGAGAUGCAGGCGCUUCCCAUAACGGACAUGAAUCCUCUCCUGAAUAUGGGCAUUCCCGGCAACGGCGGUCGCGAGUUGGCCAACUACCCUCUACGGAAGAACAAGUACACUGAGAUUCUGUCCAACCUCCGCACAGUCAUGAUUGAGAAGAUGGUGAGGCCCGAGGAAGUCCUCAUCGUCGAGAACGAUGAGGGUGAAAUCGUCCGUGAAUUCGUGAAGGAGAGCGAUACGAUUCAGCUGUACAAGUCCACUCGCGAGUGCCUCGUCUUCCUUACCCACUUGGACGUUAACGACACCGAGCAAAUCAUGUCGGAGAAGCUGGCCCGCCAAGUCGACGGCUCAGAGUGGUCAUGGGCUAACUGCAACACCCUCUGCUGGGCUAUCGGUUCCAUCUCUGGCGCCAUGAACGAGGAGACAGAGAAGCGCUUUUUGGUCACAGUCAUCAAGGAUCUACUCGGCCUGACUGAGAUGAAGCGAGGAAAGGACAACAAAGCCGUUGUCGCCAGUAACAUCAUGUAUAUUGUCGGUCAAUAUCCUCGAUUCCUCAAGGCCCACUGGAAGUUCCUGAAGACAGUCGUCAACAAGCUGUUCGAGUUCAUGCACGAGACCCACGAGGGUGUACAGGACAUGGCUUGCGAUACGUUUAUCAAGAUCGCGAACAAGUGCCGACGACACUUUGUUGCUCUUCAGCCCGGAGAGACCGAGCCCUUCAUCGACGAGAUUGUUCGCAACCUGAGGAAGAUCACCGCCGACCUCUCACCCCAGCAAGUCCACACUUUCUACGAAGCCUGCGGUUACAUGAUUAGCGCGCAAGGACAGAAGAGCAUGCAGGAACGCCUGAUCGCCGAUCUGAUGUCCCUGCCAAACUCCGCAUGGGACAACAUUAUCGCCCAAGCUAACCAGAACCCCGCUUGCCUCCAAGAUUCAGAAGUCAUCAAGAUUGUUGGUAACAUUAUGAAGACUAAUGUCGCAGCAUGUGGUUCAAUUGGACCCUACUUCUACCCCCAGAUCGGUCGGAUAUACUUCGACAUGUUGACAAUGUACCGCGCGAGCUCACAGCUCAUCGACGAAGCUGUCCAGCGAGAGGGUAACGUCGCAACAAAGAUGCCCAAGGUCCGCGGCCUUCGUACGAUCAAGAAGGAGAUUCUGAAACUUAUCAACACAUACGUUGAGAAGGCCGACGACCUGGAGAUGAUUCACAAUAACAUUGUACCGAAGCUGCUAGAAGCUGUCUUGAUCGACUACAAGAACAAUGUACCUGAUGCUCGCGAGGCCGAAGUGUUGAACGUCAUGACGACGAUUAUCAACAAGCUACAUAGCAUGAUGGAGGACCAGAUCAUCAACAUCAUGGACAGCGUCUUCGAAUGCACCUUGGACAUGAUCAACAAGGACUUCUCGGAAUACCCUGAACACCGUGUCGAGUUCUUCAAGCUUUUACGCACCAUCAACCUCCGCUGCUUCCCGGCUCUGCUGCGACUCGAUGCCCGAUCAUUCAAGUUUGUUAUUGACUCCUGCAUGUGGGCAAGCAAGCACGACAACCGUGAGGUUGAGAGCGCCGGUCUGUCCAUGUGCUUCGAGCUGGUUUCCAACAUGUCCGAAACAGACCAGCAAACCUGCAACUCCUUCUUCCAAACAUUCUUCACGACCAUUCUUCAGGAUGUAUUCUUUGUGGUUACUGAUAGCGAUCACAAAGCCGGUUUCAAGUCCCAGUCGAUGCUGCUGGCUAAGAUGUUCUGGCUUGUCGACUCAGAGAAGCUGCAGGGUCCAAUCUACACGUCGCCAGAUAUGGCACAGGCAGGCACCCCGAACCGAGAGUUCCUGCGGAACUUUGUCGGCAACCUGCUGGCGACUGCCUUCCCCAACCUCCAGACUGCUCAAAUCGCAUCCUUCAUCGACGGACUGUUUGCGACCAACUCCGACCUGAACCGUUUCAAGGUCAUCCUGCGCGACUUCCUGAUCUCCCUGAAGGAGUUCUCCGGCGACAAUGCUGAGUUGUUUGCCGAGGAGCGUGAACAGGCUGCAAAGACUGCGAAGGAGCAAGAGCGUGAACGGGCUAUGAAGGUCGGUGGUCUGCUGAAGCCUUCGGAGAUGGAUGAUGAUGAGUUGUGA